AUGAGGCCACCUUCAUCUACGUUGCACAUGGCCUCUGAAAUGGCAAAGACGUCCAUUCAUAGUACUGGCGCCAGACUUCGAACUAACCCUGGGCCUCGGGACUCUGAGGUUUUGGCUUAUCCUUCAACUGAAGGCGUUGUUAUCGGUCAACUUUUAGGCGUCGAACUAGAUUGGCUUGGGAUUCCGCCUGCGUCCCCAGCUUUACUACAGCCGUCAGGUGACCAAGAUGGAGAAGAUGAAUUUGCCCUGAAACUUAUGCACAUCGGCGGCCGGUGGUGGCCAAGCCUCAAAUUCCAUGCUUUACAGGGAUUGACAAGUUGUCCCUACGGGUAUCACUAUCCGCCGGAUUUGCACUUCCCUGAUUCUCUUGGGGUUGGGGAUCGAUUACCCGAGGACACCCUAGAGAGGCCAGAAGACUGGUCUCGCCUAGCGGCCUGCAGAACUAUGGAAGAACGAUGGGCUGUACUUAAAGACUUUGGCGCUACCGAGUAUGACGAUGUCAAGAUGUGUCCUGAUAUUCCAGAUUCGUUGGCAGCAGGAGUUGUGGAGGGCAGACGCUAUGAAGAGCUAUUGAAGAAGAUGCAGGGUGACGAUUAUCGCGCCAUAUGGCUAGAUGAAUUGUGGAGGCGUAGGGAUUGAUGUGUUAUAGAGCCUGGUCUUCUUUUCAAAUACUCACUUUGUCCUCUGCAAUAGCCAAAAUUUUAGAGCCGUACUUUUGGCCCAGCUGCUCCGACUCAAAGACAAUGGGAGAAUUUGAGACAACUGCUGUGCCCAACAUGUUAACGGUAGUGUGUGGUACCUGUUGUGAGCUUGCACCACUGAGCAAUAAAGGGGGUUAAGGGGGGUUUGGUUAUCAUCAAGGCUGCGGACUGCUGUCGUUAUUGUAUUAUAAAGUGGCCAAUGGAGUUACUGUGAUAUAUGCUGGGUUUAGCAAUUCCCUACGAAUGGCAAGAUGGAUUCAUCAUACUUAACGAGUAUCAGCUAAAGUUGGGUAACGGAUAUGGUGUCACUGCCUUGUCACUAGUGUUAUCGUUUUCGACACAUGAUGGUCACGUUCAAGGUAAAGGCUACUACGG